GGGGGUUUCAGAGCCCAGCAGCAUUUCCUAAGCCCCUGUCCUCCCUGAUCCAGCUUCUGUUUCUCUGCCUUCUCUCCCCCGGUAGUUUUUAUAUCCCCGACACAGACUUCCUGUGAGUCAUCACAGCAGACAUUAGAGCAGUAACUGAAAGAAGGGAGCAAGUGUGGUGAUGGGGUAUCCGGCAAGUGACAGCUGAUGAAUUAAAACCUCCUCCCUGUCCAGCUCUGAGGGCAAUGAGAGAAAGCAGAUGAAGGGAAAUGAGAAUUACUGCCCAAAAGGGAGUCAUGAAAAUUGGCAUCAGUGCCUUUGUAGGCUCAGAAGCUCCCCUGAGCCUGGGCAGGCCAAGAAAAUUGGAGGACAUGGCAAGAAAGACCCCAGAUGAUCGGUCUUCUUGUGCGUGAACUUCCUGCCAGCUCAGUCCCGGGAAACCGGACGAUGGAGAAGCUGACAGUUAUUAAGGUGGAAGUGGAAGAUCUCCUCAAGCAACCCCGGGAGAAGAUGUACACUUGCACGAUCUGCGGGGACAGUUUUAAUCACAAGGGCAUCCUAGCAAUGCACCAGAAGACCCACAAGGAGGAGAUGCUGGUGGAGCACCAUGAGCAGGAAGGAAGUGCCAUCGCAGCAGGAAAGCCAAUGAGUCAGCAAGCCAGCAGAAGGGCAGAGGAUGCCAGCCAGGAAGGCGUGAACCAGCAGGGAGAUCUCUCAGCGCAGAAGGAAUCCCUGCAGAAAGCAAAGCCCUACUCUUGCACCAACUGUGAGAAGAGCUUCAAAAUGAAGGUGGACCUCACCAAGCAUCUCAGGACCCACACAGGGGAGAGGCCUUUCCCGUGCAUGGAGUGUGGGAAGAGGUUCAUCACCAAGUCGCAGCUGAAGGAGCACCAGAGGAUCCACACUGGGGAGCGACCUUACCAGUGCUCCGAGUGCGGGAAGUGCUUCACGCAGAAGUCACAGCUCAUUGUUCACCGGAGGAUCCACACUGGCGAGAAGCCCUACAAGUGCAGCAGCUGCCAGAAGAGCUUUGUGGACAAGUCACAGCUGGUCGCCCAUCACCGUAUCCACACAGGUGACCGUCCCUUCAAGUGCGGGUUGUGCGCCAGGGGCUUCCGCCAGAAGAUCACCCUCAUUAAACACCAGAGAGUCCACACUGGGGAUGGGGGGCGGCGGCAUGGCGGGCCCCAUACUGGCAAUGCCUCACAGCUCAUCGUUCCCGAGUCGACGCCGGACGGGGAGAAGAUAUUCCGAUGCAGCACGUGUGGAAAGGAGUUCAAGAAGAAGUCGAUCCUGGUGACCCACCAGAGGAUCCACACCGGGGAGGAACCCUACCAUUGUGCCGAGUGCGGGAAGCGCUUCCGGCAGAAGAUCCACCUGAUCCGUCAUCAGAGGACCCACACCAGAGGAGAGGCCCACGUGUGUGUUGAGUGCGGGGAUGGCUUCAGCAGCAAGGGGCAGCUGCUGAGGCACCAGCGGUGCCAGCACCAGAGCGAGGGAUCCCACACGUGUCCCGAGUGUGGGAGAUGCUUUAGCCAGAAAGUAGGCCUCAUGGCGCACCAGAGAGUCCAUGAGAAGGAGAAGGGAGAUGGGAGCGUGGCCGCCACCGAGGGGAGCGCUGGUGAGGCAGCAGACGGGAGGCUGCCUGCCAAAAACGGCAAAGGCAGCAGCCAUCCGAGGGACCUGAUUGUGCCUCGUAAGAGCCAGGUCUAUACCUGCACCCAGUGUGGCAAGACAUUCACCAAGAAAGGGAACUUUGCCAACCAUCAGCGAGCCCACACGGAGGAACGGGCGCACCGGUGUGGCGUCUGCGGCAAGAAGUUCACCAAGAGGGGGGAGCUGACCAAGCACGAGCGGAUCCACACGGGUGAGAGGCCAUAUGUCUGUGACGACUGCGGCAAGCGCUUCACCCAGCGCACCCAGCUGGUCACCCACCAGCGCAUCCACACCGGCGAGAAGCCCUACCCCUGCGCUGACUGUGGCAAGUGCUUCAUUGACAAGUCCCGACUGACUGUGCACCGGCGUAUCCACACCGGCGACCGGCCCUUCCAGUGCUCUGCCUGCAGCAAGGGCUUCCGCCAGAAGAUUGCCCUCAUCAAGCACCACCGAGUCCACGAGAGGGGCCGUCUGGAUGGGGAGGUCUCAGGGCGGAAGGAGCACGAAUGCCUCCAGUGCGGGAAAGGCUUUGGCACCAAAGAGAACCUAGCCAGCCACCAGCGGCUCCACGCCACCGAGAGGCCCUUCAAGUGCGGCGAGUGCGGGAAGAGCUUCACACAGAAAGCCCAGCUGGUGGUGCAUCAGCGCAUCCACACCGGCGAGCGCCCCUUCCGCUGCACCGACUGCCACAAGGGCUUCAUCGACAAGUCCCGGCUCAUCGUGCACCGCCGGAUCCACACUGGCGAGCGGCCCUUCAAGUGCAUGGCCUGCGGCAGGGCCUUCACCCAGAAAAUCGCCCUGACCACCCACCAGCGAGUCCACAUGAGGGAGCACGAGGCCACCCAGGAGCCCAACAAAUACUCCAAGCGCGGGGAGAAUGACUCGGGCAAGGCCCAGCCAGGUGAGGAGUGGCCCUUCCCCUGCAAUGUGUGCGGCCGGGGCUUCCGCAAGGAGAUAGCCCUCAUCACCCACCAGCGGGUCCACACCAAGUACGAACCCAACAGGUGCAGCAAGUGCGGCCAGGUCUUCCCUGACAAGGCGCAGCUGCUCCUGCAUCAGCCCUCCCACGCGGAGGACCGGCCCUUUAAAUGCAACACCUGUGGAAAAGAUUUCAAGCGGAAAGAGAUCCUGAACACCCACCAGAGAAUCCACACGGGAGAGGUGCCUUUCAAAUGCACUGAGUGCGGGAAAAGCUUCUCCCAGAAGGCCAACCUCAUGAAACACCAGCUCACCCACACCCGGAGGGGCCCCUUCAUCUGCUCUGAGUGUGGGCAGAGCUACACCACCUUGGGGCAUUUUAAAAGGCACCAGAGGAACCAUCUGAGAAAGCGAGCCCCUUCUGGGGAGGGGAAAGACUUGGCAGAGGAGCAGGACGCAGACGGGCUGCCGGAGACAGGUGUGCACAACGGGCCCAUUAUCGUGGUAAAGACGGAAGUCAAUACAGAUGACUAUGAGGUCCUGCAGGUCCCAUGAAACCUCCCUCAUCAGGGGGUGGUGCAUGUGUAAAGGGAUCCUCCAGAGGCAAUGCAGGAGUAAGGGCCCUGGUGCUGCCAACCCCUAGCGUUCAAAGAAUCCCAGAUCAAGCUGCCCUCUCCAGUCAUGAGAUUGUUUAAAAUGUCAUGAGAUUUGAGAAAAAAAUAAUACAUGUGGGGUUCUUUUUAUGAGCCUUUGAGGGUCACGUUUUCAAGGUUCUCUCUGCAACCACGUGGGCUAGAAACUUACUUUUUCAAUGAAAUCUGUGAUUUUGGAUGUCUUCACGUGACUCCUGGAGCUGGGGAUUUAAGGAAAAAACACCAAAUAUCCCAAGAGUUGGCAACACUGACUCUUCCAUAGAUCGGUAUCCAGCACUCAGUGACACCAAAUAUCAAUAUUAACCUGACCUGGGUUGCAGGUGAUCUGGGAGAGCAUCAGCGAUUCACUGCAGUGUAAAACAUCACCAGUCAUCAUUCCAUAUGACAGUAAGAGAGGCAGAUAUCAUCACAGGGCUCCACACAGAUGGACUGUUGGGCCCAUGCAGAGCCCCGUUAAAGUCAAUAGGCUCCCCAUGGGAUGCAGACAUCCACUUGUGUGGAAGGGUUACCUGGAUCAGGGCCAAUGUACCUAGAAAGAGCGCACCUACUUGAAGAGGAGAUAGGUCCAGAUCCUCAAAGGUAUUUAGGUGCCUAAUUCCCAUUGGCAUCCACAGGGAGUUAGACGCCUAAAUACCUUUGAGGAUCUGGGCCAUAGUGUUUACUUCAAAGUCUGAUCUUUUUUGAUGAUCACGCUUUAAAAUACGCUCACAGACUAUUUUAUUUCGCUAUGCGAUCACCAGUUUUAUUGUUUCAAUACAGGACAUUCACUGCAAAAGCACUGUUCUGGUUGAGGAUUGAAACACACAGGUUGCCUGAUUCACAGCUACAUUAUUCCAGUUUAAAUCUGCUGAUUCCAGUGAUGUAAAACUGGAGGAAUGGUGCGAGAAAUCAGGCCCAAGCUAGUUCCGGUUUUGCUAUAAGCUCCUCAGCUGCCGCACAUCGGCAGAACUCGGCUGAAGUCACUGUGCAUACCCCAACUUGCAUCAGCUGAGAAGCAGGUCCGUGAUUCCCACAAGACGCAUUUCUCCCACACUCUUGUAUCUAUAUAGUCCAGCAGUUCGGUGUCCAGGAGCCCAGAGUAUGACCUGUAUACAAGGGGAUGACAUUAGGAAGAAACUGUAACUUUGACUAUCCUCUCUGUUUUGCAUUUAAAUUCUUAACCAUAGCAUUGUCCUGGCCUAAGGCCCUUCCCCCUCUGUAGAAAAUCCAUAUGAGAGGGAAACAUGGGCCAUGAUCCUGAGAACCUGUAACUCCCAUGACUUCCCAACAGUAUGAUCCAGGAGGACUUGUGUCCCAAGCCUGCCAGUCCCAGGACAUUUGCAGGACAGGGUUGUCUACCUCUUCCCCUUCAUUUCUUGCUCGCUGGCUGUAAAUCUCGCUAAGGCCUUAUACGGCUAUGGGUUCCCAGCUCCCCUGGGUUAAAGCUGCUGGGAUUGCUAUGUAAAGUGGCUCUCUCCUGACUCCGCUCUGCGCAACCCCAUGAAAAGCCACUGAGCCCCAGUCACAUGGACGCUCGGGGAUGAAGAGAGCAAUGGCAGCUGUAGGGGCAGCCAAGCACUGCAGCUCCAUCCAUCCCAUCUGGCCCUGGGCGGCCGGGAGGAUGGCAGGGCUCAGCCAUGGUUUGGAAUAAACAUUGGAACCAUUUCAUCAAUACCUGCUGCCUUCUGCUCUCUCUCCCCUUCCCCAGCA